UAAUGUUCGUCACUUGCUUUCUGCAAUAUGAAUUAAUUAAUUACUUAAAUAGAUACUUUUACCAACCUACCGAAAUUCAAAUAAUAAAUGGCGGACGAAGAAGUACCAGGUGAAGGUGGAGAGGAGGAACAAGUGCCUGAAGAAGCCGAUGCCGAGGAGGCGGCAGAACAGGAAUCCGUGGAAGAAGAGUCUCAGCUCACAGAAUACGAUCCGGAUGACUUUGUAUCUGGUGCUGUGAACAGCUUGGAUUCGACUAUACCUCUCGAUCUAUUCGAGUUUGAAUUUUCAUAUGGCUACAAUUGCAAUAAAUACUUUAACCUUUGCGCUUGUGACGAUGCUGUUGUAUGCUGGGCUGCUGGGAGCAUCAUUACGUUCUUGGAUGUUAACACUAAACAGUUAUGGUUUCGACGGAGUACCACAGGGGGAUCUGUUGGAGCUGUUUCGUCUUACAGAAGAGAUCCAAAUUAUCGAAUAGUUAUCGCAGAAGGAAGAGAAGGCGAACGCGAUCCCAUAAUACUACUUUAUACUUGGCCUCAAAUGGAGAUAGAUGCUGUUCUAAGAGACGGAACUACUAACGCUUAUUCUGUACUUGAUUUUAGCCCAGAUGGUGAGCUUUUGGCUUCUGUAGGAAGAGAACCUGAUUAUAAUUUGACGAUCUGGAACUGGAAACGUCACACAAUUCUAUUGCGCACUAGUGCAUUUACAUUUGAUGUUAAUACCGUCAUGUUUUCGCCUUACUGUCCUGGCCAACUUACUACUGCAGGAGCGGCUCAUAUAAAAAUGUGGAAAAUGUCAAACACAUUCACAGGCCUAAAGCUAAAAGGAGAACUUGGCAGAUUUGGCAAAACCGAGAUAUGCGAUGUUUUGGGGGUAUACCCAAUGCCAGAUGAAAAAGUGCUUUCCGGUUGCGAAUGGGGAAAUGUUCUGGUUUGGGAAGCUGGUCUAGUUAAAUUAGAAGUAACACAACGUGGAAGAAAAACUUGUCAUAAAGCUCCAAUUAUUCAAUUUAUGUUAAGUCUGGCCGGCGAUGAGGUCACGACGAUUGGUCGCGAUGGUUACGUUCGUGCUUGGUAUUGGGAUACAGUGGAACAGGCAGAUCCUCCUGAAGAUGACCCCUACGUGGAGCUCAACCCAGUCGCCGAAACUUAUGUACCAGGCUGUCAAAUUAUGUGCUUGAAACAUCAAAAGGACAUGUAUUGGUAUGCCCAAGAUGGAAAUGGUGGUGUAUGGACUGUUGAACUAGACAUAGAUAAAUUAGAAUGCAACCAUCGUAAAGUGAUGACGUUUCACUCUGGUGGUGUGGUGGCAAUAGCAGCAUUACGCACACACCCGAUACUUAUCACGGCCGGAGAAGAUGGCGCUCUGCAUGCUUAUAACACUGAAACACAUAUUCUACUAGCGAGAUAUCAAUUCCAAGCAGCCGUGACUUGCUUGCUGUAUCCGCCGAUAGAUGUUGAUGCAACUUCUCGUGUUAUACUAGUUGGCUUCGCGGAUGGUAUCAUGAGAAUGCUACUAGUGCACCCUGAAAGACUGCAAGCUCAUUCAUCAUUAAUAGAAAUCAAAGUCCAUUCUGCACUCACUAUACACAGUGAGGAUUCUGUAAACGCCGAUGUUUUGGAUUUGAUUUCGUUACUAAAACCUCAUUCAAAAGCUAUCACUCAAAUAACUAUAAAUGAACCGCGCACUCUACUGGUAACAUGUGGCGAAGACUGUACGAUAUUCAUGUAUCAUUUAGAACUGGGAACACCGUUUACUUUGGAAAGACUUGGGUUCAUACAGACUCCGAAUAAUGUGGCUUAUAUGACUUGGAAACCAAAUGAAGAGCGUGUGCUACUUCUAUGUGGACAACUCGGCGUUAUUACUGAAGCAGAAUUACCUGAUAUUCCUGUCCAGAAAUACACUGAGAUCACCACUUUCAAACAAAAAUUCGUUUCCUAUGAAGAAAUUCUCGUAAAAAAGUAUUACCUCCGCCAUAGACCAUUCCCAACAGAAGAAGAUCUUGCCAGUAUUGACGAAGAAGCUUUAAAAGCUCAAGGAGAAGCGGAGAAAGAUAAAGAUGAUGAGGAGGAUGUGUGGGUCGGAGAAAUACAACUAGAGGAAGAGGAGAAUAUGCCCGGUACUACUAUAACAUGGGCGGAAUACUGUGAAGAAGGCAUUUGGGUGGUGCAACAGGGAACAGGGGCGUUGCUGUUAGUUAAACCGAAGCACACUAAAAUUAUUAAAUAUGGACCAUUUCCUGGAGCAUGGAGAGAAGAUGCUACAGUUUUAAAAUUUGUAUGUGAACGACGCUAUUUGGUUGUGGGCACAAAUACCGGCUAUAUUCGCGUAUUCCGAAUGCCUACCGAGGAAGAAGAUUCUCCCGAUCGUCAUUAUAUGACCUGGAUGAUGGCCCAACAAAAACUACUCAAGAAACUAAAAGGAAGACGUCUUGCAAAAGAAGAGAAACAACCAACUCCUCGUAUAGAUUUCGAUGACAACUAUUACCUUCCAAUGCAUGACCGCUAUACAGGUGCUUUAACAUGUCUGGAACUUACCUCUGAUGGCACGCAUUUUUAUACAUGCGCUUCUGAUGGUAACAUAUUUUCGUAUGUUAUCAAUUUCACAGAACCAUUGAUAACAAGGCCUGAGAUACCUGGACUUGAAGAGCUGCCAAAAGUGGAAAAAGUCAAAGAACCUAGUACCGUUGAUGGAGAACUAAUGUCACACGAGCAACUUAAACAGAAAGAAGAGUAUGACAAAAUGAUAUCUAUUGCGAACGCACAUAAAAAACGCGUGCGUGAUCAAUUGGCGGAAUUGACCAUUGAAUACACUAAGUUAAUCAAAGCAAACCGAUUGCUACCAUUCUCGCAACAAAUUGAUGUAACACUCGAUCCUCGGCCGCUCAUCGUUCAAGAAAAAGAGUUGGACGAUAUGAAGGCCCUCACCCGCCGCAAACUGGCUCAUCAACUAGAAGCCUCAGAUUUAGGACUGCAUAAAAUGUACGCCAGAAAUAUCGUGCAGCUCGACGUCUUCCCUUUUACUUUGAAAGCAAUCAGGGAUCCUGAAAUAAUGAUAAGGCCAUUACGACAGAAGAAUCUUUCGAAGGCAUUUUAUGACCAGCUGGAAGAAGUUCACCAGAAAAUGGCGGAAGCAUCUUUGCGAGGAAGGAAUUUAGACUUAUUCGCAUUAGUCGAAGUCGAAAAUCGACGUGCUGAAUCGACGACUUUGAAAGCAGCAGCUAAAAGGGCCUCCUGGGGCCCCCCUCGGGUUGCAUCCUUCUUGCUUGGCUUACCGCCAAAUCCUCCUCACCCUUUAAAAAAGGCUCUACGCAACUACUACCAAAGGAUUAACCGGCAUCAUAUACAAUUCAUUGAGUGGCAAGAACAUUUAUCCCGUAAGCCAGACCCACAUGCUAUGCCGCCAGGCGCUGCAGAGGCACUCAAGGAAGCUGAAGAUACUAUUGGCAACAGGGUUCUUAAAACAGAAGCAGAUUAUGUUGCACCGCAUGGACACAAUACACAGCUUCGUCUUUGUCUUACCCGCAAGGAGAUCUACGACAACAAGCGAGCAUUUAACGAGAAAGUAUUGAAACUUCGAGAACAGAAAGUUGGGCUAGUAUCCAAAAUGCAGGAUAUCGGAAGACGCUUGGGAGAAAUUCGUGUUGAGAUUCCACACAAACUCGCUAAGCCACCGCCGGCGGUGCCACACAUUGAUGAUGAUUUAGAAUUUCCCGAGAAAAACUUAGAGAUAAAACCAAAGGUAGUACUCCCACCGGGCCAAAGAAAACAAACGAUAAGGAAAUCGGAGGAACGCAGAAAGUCCACAUUGUAUCCGCAACAACGGGCCCGGCAGCCGAGAGUCCCAUUGUUCGUUCCGAUCACGGAAUCUCGACCAUUAAGUGCAUCUUGGGAUAUACUAAAAUCAAAGCCAGACCAAGAAUCUUCAGCUAUUGAAAUAGAAAUACGAGAAAGGCGUAUUGAAAGACACCUCUAUGAACAAGAUAUGCUGAUAGUAAAUGCUGAGAUGUUGGUUCGAAAUUUCGACUCUCGACUCCAGCAACUUCAACGAGAACGUAUUCGAGUUCAAGAGACGAAUCAAUUACUAGAGUUGCACUUAUACCAACUACAUCGUGAGAUGACCGUGCUAAAUCGUUUUGAGGCACACGAGGAUCGGCUAGCUGAAAGAGUUUAUGCCAAAUUAAUGCAGGUCCGUGCUGUGAAUGACCAGAUCAAUGACUGCAAUCAACGCAUCGAAGAACAUAAAGCGGAGAAGGAAAGACUCGACCUAACAUGCCAAGAGCUACAGAGGCAAUUUAAGAAGCUCGUGCAGGAUAAUAAAUUUGCUGAUUUCCUUCGUAGAAUAUUCAAGAAGAAAUACCGUCCUCCCCGUGAUCAUGACGAUGACGAAUCUUCGGAAUCUGAAUCAAGCUCAUCAUCCAGCGAAGAAGAUGAAGGCAGCUUGGACAGUCGCGACAUUGGACCUAUACGUCUCGACCCCAAUAUCUGUCCCGAAGGUUGCGAUGUUGAUAUCUACAACAAGACUUACGAACUUAGGAAUACUCGACACAAACAUGAGCAAGAGAUGAUAGAACAAGAUCGACUAGUUGAGCUUUUACGGAAAGAUAUUGAAGCACAUAAUAAGGUGAAAAGAAAGUUUUCGGUACAAUUGGAGAAACGAAAACAAGAUUUAAGAGAGUUUAUGAUGGAGAAACAAAGCUGUAUGAACGAAGUGGACCAGGUUGUGAUACUACGCUACGAUCAAAUACGGGCGUCAGCAUUGCGAGGAUGUACCGGGCCAGGUGGACUCUCCGAUACUGUUGUCUUCCCGGAGAAAAUGCUGAGCAAACUGCGGAGAAGAGUACUAGAGUUGCAAGACGAAAUUAAACAGCAAAAGCAACGGCAAAAAGUGAACCGCACACAUCUAUUCCGUAUGAACGUAGAUCUUCGGGCGAUGGAGAAUCGCGCUGCGGAAAUGAGCGCUCAAAUGCGUGAUGUGUUAACCCGCAAGCUGGGCAAGCCGCGUAAAGUAGACCGUACGCUUGAUGAACUGAUAAGGCAACUUGCAAAACGCCACAAAUUCACCGCUACCCUUGCUUCUGUGCCGCACCUUCUGUCACAACUUAGAACAUGGAGGGAACGUUACAGUCAGCUUGAACAGAAGUAUCUCACAGCCCUUAAUCGUUAUUCUGAUCGUCUUCGGCUGGCAGCUGCUCUUCAAGCCGAUGUCUAUCCGCAAAAGCCAACUAAAGAUCCAUCGAAAAUGGCAGGAGGUUAUGAACCAGAGCAAUAUCGACGCGACGUGGUGCGUCUGCGCAUCAUACGCUCUCAACAGGAACAACAAAUUAAGGCACUUGAGGAAGAAAUUCAAGGCUUGCGGCUGAAACCACUCUCGCACGUUGUAUCUCCGCCCCAGUGGUCGCCACCUGAAUCAGAUCGCUCGCAAGUUUACCUCCACAUGGUACGACCCUCUCCGAAACCAUCUCGACAAAAAUACUUUCCCAUAACGCCGUUGGGAUCACAUGUGAAGUUGGUGUACGAAGUGAACUUGAUGAAGCUACUUUACGAUUGCCUCGACAUGAUGAGAGUUUCACGGGACGAAGCUGAUGUACUGCUGCAAGAGCUUACUAACGAACUACCUAAAGUUAUCUCUGGUGAAAAAACUCGCUAUGAAGUUGUAGACUCAUUGGUCCGAAAGUGGCUGCUUAAAUAUGGUGGCGAUCCAAGUCUUUACAAGAAACAAACACGUGCCUUCGAUGCCCUCGCCGCUUUGGCCGAUCGGCUCAUUAAACAACACAUACAAGAAAUGGAAGGUCUGGACUCCAAAGAACACGAAGUUAUGCAGUCGCUCGAAACGGCUUUAAAAGAUGUUGCUGGCGUACAGCCUCUACGUGAAAGACUUGGACCAGCGCUGGCGACUUUGUUGCAUACAACGCAAUCAGCUGAAUUAGAGGGCGUAGAAACUACAACAAUGACGAUGACUUCUCUAGUGAAUUCCCUUAUCAACGAGGAACAUCCUCUUACAGCAGAAUCUAUCGAUGCAAUUGAGGUGUUUGACGUCGUUGAGGAUCUAAAAGAUUGUGGUGUAAAUGCGCCAGCCGAAGAGUUGGAGAACGUAGUCAAAUUGGCAAUAGACUGUCUACGUGCACAACUCGUCAGCCCUGAAGAGAAGCUACGCUUAGACAAGGACAUUGAAGAGGCGCUGCAAGUGACAUCGCUAGCUACGACACAGGGUUCGUCUAAGUCGGAUUUGGGAGACAAAACUAGCAAGGAGCAAGAAAAAUAAUUUCAACUUUCCGACCUCGCAAAGUUACGAGAAAGCACGCAAGAAUUUACUUAAAAUAUUAUAAUUUUGUAUACUUACGUACGGCAGGUUAGCCGCCAAACUUCGAACAGUGCGUGUUGCCAGUGAUGACAUAAUAUGGAUCCGAGACAAUUGGCCGCUAUCUAUGGGCCUCAUAAUAUUGACACAAUAUUGACAGCUCAUAGUCACUCAUCGGGCGAUGGAGAGAGUGCUUGCAGUUUCUGCACGUGAACAAAUCAGAAAUGUACUUGAAAAGAGCAACCGCCGAGUUUCUUGCUGGUUCUUCUCGGUAGGAACGGUAUU